CACAGGGCAGCGCGGGGGCCGGCGAUGGAGGUGGGGGCGGCGGACUUCCAGCGGGGCCUGCCGCGCCUGCGGGGCCGCGUCCGCCGCGCCGCCUUCCUGGCCCUUGAUAUGGAGUUUACUGGCUUACAUUCAACUUUCCCACAAAAUAACCAGCCCAGCCUGUUUGAUUCCCCUGCGGAGCGGUACCUGAAGGCCAGGCAGAGCGUUCAGCGCUUCACUGUUACUCAGCUUGGGCUGGCAAUAUUCUCAAAUGAAAAUUCAAACAAGUAUGUGGUGCAUUCAUACAACUUUUUUCUCUUUCCCUCAACGCUGGGAGUUACAGAUGUUGAAUUUACCCUUUCUGCAUCUAGCAUUCAGUUCCUGUCUCGUUAUGGCUUUGACUAUAAUAAGUUCCUCAAAGAUGGAAUCCCAUACAUGAAUGAGGUACAGGAGAAGAUCCUUAGCCAGCAUCUCUUGGAGGGUAGCUGGAAAGUCAGCAGUGCCCUGGACAGGGAUGUGCUGAAGAAGGCUAUUGAUGAAGUGACCUGUUGGAUAGGUGCAGCAGAGGAAGAGGAGACUAUGAUUCUGCAGGAUCUGAGUGGCUCUCAGAUGUUUGAAGUUCAGCUGGUUCUGAGACAGGCCCUCCCAAAUGUUUGGACACAGCCUCUUGGAGACAAGGUAAUGGUGAAAAAAGUGAGUCCACAGCAUCGUCAGCUUCUGGAGAACUCCCCUGAUGACCAUUGCCAGAAGGAGCUCAUUCUCCUGUCUGCCCGGGGCUUCACCAACCUCUUCCAGACACUUGUUAAAGCCAAGAAGCCCCUGGUGGGACACAACAUGCUUAUGGACCUUAUGCAUCUUCAUGACAAGUUCUACAAGCCCCUUCCAGAAAGCUAUGAGGAAUUUAAAAGGAACAUUCACAACCUGUUUCCUGUCCUCAUAGACACCAAGACUGUAACAAAAUCCAUCUGGAAGAAAUGUCAGUUUCCUCCAGUAUCUAAUCUUUUGGAGGUAUAUGCAGCUUUGUGCAGCAGCAAAGAUCCCAAAGAUCCAACGUGCCCCGUGAUAGCUCUUGCAAGUGACUGCUCAAAAUAUGCUGAGAAGAAAUCUCCUCACGAGGCGGGCUAUGACGCAUUUCUCUGUGGGUCAGUUCUUCUGAAAUCAGCUCAUUUGCUACUGUGCAGAUUUACAGAUGAUGCAGUGGAGGCUGAUCCUUCUUUCUCUCAGUAUCUCACCGUGUUAGCCGAGUAUCUGAACAAAGUGAAUUUCAUCCGAGGUGGUGUUUCAAGCAUUAAUUUUUCUGGGGAAGAUGCUCCCUGCCGACAUCCCCCUCUCUUGGUUGUCCAUGUCCAAGGCUGGCCAGGGCUGAAUGAAAGGCAGAUUUACCAAGAGUUUAAAGCUCUUUGUCGCUUUGAUGUCAGACGGCUUUCAAAGAACCAGUUCAUUCUGCUGUCCAAUAAAUUUAAGCAUGUCAGGCUUGUUCUGCGAGAUUAUAAGCAUCACCCUCAUCUGCGGAUUUCUGUCUAUCGCCACUGGAGACACUCUCCACACGUGAACUGCCUGCUGCAAGUCUCUAGUAUUGUGGCACUGUGGUCUCUCUUGGCCUUUGUACUCGGAGGAGCUCCUUGCUGUUCAUUCUAAAGGACUGCCUUACAGAUGAGACAUGAGGAAUGCAGAUCUUACUUUUUGUAUUCGUCUAUGUUUUGUUUUGUUUCAUUUCAUUCAAUAAAUUAUGAAGGAAAAAAAAAAGCUAUGAAUAGUGUUUUUAAAUGCUUUCUUGGAAAUGUGUUUUUUUAAAGAGGAUGUGUUGGUUUCCAAUUUGUGGUGUUUUGUAAUCUCUUCAAAGCAUAGUCCCCUCCUGAAGAGGGAGAGAUGGCUCUUUCAAUGCCUAAUUUACUUUGAUCCUCUCUUGGUUCCUCACAGCGAUUCAUAACGCCCUGUUUGUUCCCAGUGCUUGUGCUGCUGCAUAACACACAUUUCUGAUGAAGUUCGGGAAACUAUGAAAUGAAAGAGGCUAUUUUCAGCUUCAGUUGUAGAGCAGGGGAAACAUCACUGUUUACCAAAUGAAAAUGGGCAGAGUUGAUGGAGAAACCACUAUUGGGGCUCAUGAAGGAUUCUGGGGAAUAGUAAAUAAUUUGCAGUGCUAUCAGUGUCAGGCAGUGGUAUUUUCAGUGGCAGUGGAGCUGAGGAUAGACACAGAUAAGCAGAAUUUAUCAGCUUCCAAUUUGUAGAAUACACACAGGUCAGGUGAGUUGGCAUGCAUUUCUGUUUGCUUCUAGCGCACAGCAUGUGAGCAGUCCUUUAUCCAAAAAUAUCAUAAGACAUGCUUUGUUGAUCAUUUUCUCUGAUAUAGCUAGAGUAUUUGUCAGUCCAGGGACUGUGGUCUUCAGAAAUUUUU